AUGUCAUAUGCAAACGCUGGAUUUUCUGAUAAUGAUGUAAUAUUUCACAAUACAGACCAAAACUUACAAUCAAUUAGCCUUGAAGGCAACAUUGAAAUUCCAACAGCCCAAUCUACUUCGAGAGGAACACUUGAUGAACCCAUCAAAAAGACAUUCUUAAGAGAUGCUAAAUCCGUAGGACGAAAAAUUGCCCACGUCAUAUUCCCACGACGAGGUCACGAACUUCUCAGUGAUUGGGAUCUUUGGGGACCUUUCUUCAUAUUUAUUAUCCUUGCACUGGUUCUACAACUUAGUCACGGACAGAAAGAAGAUGCCGGAGCACCACAAUUUGCUCAAGUGUUCGUGGUAUUUUGGUUAGGAGUUUUGACGGUGUCCAUCAACACCAAACUUCUUGGAGGCAAUCUAUCUUUUUGUCAAACUGUCUGCGUUCUUGGUUACUGUAUUCUCCCCUUGGUUACAGGACUAGUUAUUAAUGUCAUCAUCAAGCUAUUCACUUCAGCUAGCACUUGGGUUUUGUGUAUUCGUCUCGUGCUGGUUUUCGUCGGUCUCUGCUAUUCACUCUUUUCUGCUUCGACAUUCUUGGCACCCAAUUCAAGGCCCAAUUGUGUUGCUUUGGUGGUUUAUCCACUCUGUAUUUUCUACUUCUUCAUCGGAUGGCUGGUAUUUGUUAAUACUGGAUCAACGAGAAUAUGA